CCCGCGCUUGCGCACUCCGCGCUCCGUCGCCGCCGCCCGGCCGGGGGGCGCCCCUUCCCCCGCGGCGGGGUCCUCUCCGCCCGUCUGUCCCACUUUGCCCGCGCUGUAUGCCUCCUGGAAGGAGGUUCCCGCUCCCUCGGCGGGGAGCUGGGGGAUAUAGCUCUUCCUCCGUCGCUUCCCCGCCGGCACCUCUGGCGGACCAUUCCGACUCUGCGCUGGGGGCCAGAGCGGAGGGAGCGGCCGCGAGUGGACCCGUCAGUGGAGGGAGCUCGGCCUCCACCCGAGCUGAUGUUGCUGUUUGGAGUUUCCAGAAGCUCCAGGGUCAGACCGGGACCCGACAGAGCCCCGGAGGCCGUCGCGCCUGCUAGUUAGGGGCUCGAGGCGCCUGGCCCCUGUGGUCCGCGCCGGCCGCGCGGCUCUCGCAGCUCGGACGCCGAACCGUCCCGGCCGGGCUGAGGGGCGGUCGGCACUCCGCGCUGCCCUGGUGUGUAAUUUCGCCCCAGCCCCGGGUGCCCCCGGGUUGUCUGCCGAUCGCUGUCCCACCUGCGUCCAAACGCACCCACUCCGCCAGCUUCUCUUUCGAGGAAUCACUUUCUGAGACCUGUUGCCGAAUUCCCCACUCCCGCGUUCGAGAUCUCUGACACAGAUGCGUUUUCACUCUCCUUAACGCCCGCCGGAGCUUCUGCUGGGCCUGAUAGAUGUGGUAUGGUGUGUUCCUGUGGGCACUGGUGUCCUCUCUCUUCUUCCAUGUCCCUGCUGGAUUACUGGCCCUCUUCACCCUCAGACAUCACAAAUAUGGUAGGUUCAUGUCUGUAAGCAUCCUGUUGAUGGGCAUCGUGGGACCAAUUACUGCUGGAAUCUUGACAAGUGCUGCAAUUGCUGGAGUGUACCGAGCAGCAGGAAAGGAAAUGAUACCAUUUGAAGCCCUCACCUUGGGCACCGGACAGACAUUCUGUGUAGUAGUGGUCUCCUUUUUACGGGUUUUAGCUACUCUAUAGCGAACACCCUUAUACCCUGAUGGCAAACCUCAGUUUUACAGAAUCCUCAAAAAGAAUACAUUAUGGAAUGUAGUGUUUUCUUAAUUCUUCAAAUGGAAGAAACGGAUGAAGAAAUACGUGUGAAGAAUGACAUUUCAGCCCUUUCUGCGAUUUGAAGCUCCAGGAAUUGAAGAUCUUACUGGACUCUUAUUGUUCUCAACCAAAACAAAUCAAGUGGGGUUUUUUUUUUGGGGGGGGGGGGCGGUAUUUAAGUAGUUUUACAGGUGCACCUUUACCCAAGCUAGGUCAACAAUGCUUCUAGAUUGACAUCCUUUGCACUGAAAUGUAUAAUAAUAUGUGAGAAAAUGCAAUGUUGCCUAUAACAGAGAAACUAUGAAAAAUACUGGUUUCUUUCCGAACAGAGUAUACCAUACUAAAACCUUAUUUAAUCUAAUCUUGAUUAGAAUUUGGCAGACUCUUCUUUUGCUACAUCUUCAUGACAGUAAGUGCCAAGUAGGUUUUGGUUGAGUAGAGCUUUGAGAACAAAUUUGGUGAAACAGAACAGGAAAAAACCCUACAACACAAGUAGUGGCUUCAGUUCCACUGCUGAAAGAAAAGAAGAUGAUGUGACAUUUUAUGGAGAACUAUCUUGACCUCUGAUUACUUAAGAUAUUUUAAGAGAUGUGAAUCUAUUGUUUUGUACAUUUUAUCAGAAUAAGCUAGCUUACUGAGACUUUUUUGCCUCCCAAGUUCCUGUACCCCUUUUCUUGUCACUUUCAUUCUCUUGAUUUUGGUUAAUUGGAAAUAGACUCUAUUAAAUAGCUUGAGUUCAAAAUUUUAAGCCAGAUUGGUUAGGAUGCUGUUUGGACAGUGAGGUACCAAAAAAAUUGUUUUUUGUUUAAACAUUGUUACAGUUUUUCUUAGUGACUUUAGUUGAAAUUGUUGAAAUGUAGCUUAAACUAGGGUAAAGGUUAUUGGUUUCUUAGUCUUAAUAUGGUUACCAUUUUUACAGUAUUGGGGGUCACUCCCAGAAAGUGCCUAAAAUUUAAUUUUCAGAUAUACUUCCACAUUUUACAUUUCCCUUCAAGAGACUCUAUUUCCUUACAGAGAAUUAAACAUCGUUUCUUUAACCCAAUUUUAGCUAUCUUAGUUUUUCUUCUGCCUAAAUUGCUUUUUUAUUAAAAUGUCUGAAAACUGUGACCUUCAAAAGAAAAAGGAUAGCAAAAAUUAGAUAUCUAAAUUGAUCCUUACCACCUAACUGCGUUGUAUGGAAUACAGUCAUUCUGUUUUCAGAAUAGUUUCUGAUUCAUUAAACCUGAUGUUUUUAAAGGAAAGUUUUCAUUGUGACAGUAAGGCUAACAGCCCAUGAGGUCAUGUACACACAAACAAUAUCUAUUCCAUUUAAAGCAAUAUGCCCUCCAGCUUCUGAUUAAAAAUAGCCUGGAAGAUGAACUUAUCAGGGAAAGUCAAAGAGGAAAAAUUACAAAGAGGUCACAAAAUUAACUGGAGAUUUCCUUCUAACUUAAUAGGCCAUUAGACCACUUAUCAAAAUUACAGUGACAUAUAUUCAGACUAGGUGGAAAAUUACAAGAAGACUUGGAAUGCCAGCAAAUGUUUUUAUACAUUCCCCAAGUUUUCUUUCCAAUGCUCAAAUCUUUCUUUCAAGCAAAUGUAGCCUUUUUUUUUUUUUAAGAGAUUGUAUUUUUAAGUAAUCUCUACUUAAAAAUUGAGCCCCAACAUGGGGCUCAAACUCACAACCCUAAGAUCAAGAGUUGCUUGCUCCACUGGCUGAGCCACCCUGGUGCCCUAUAAAUAAGACUCCUUUUUCCAGUUCAAGGAGCUGUGAUUUUUGCAAAGUAGCCCUUCAAUUUAAGACACUUGGGGACAGGGGUGCCUGAGUGGCUCAGUCGGUUGAGUGUCUGACUCUUGAUGUUGACUCAGGUCAUCAUCUCACGGUUUCUGGGUUCAAGCCCUGCUUUGGGCUCCUCACGGAGCCUGCUUGGGAUUCUCUCUCUCUCUCUCUCUCUCUCUCUCUCUUUCUCUCUCUCUUUCUCUCUCUCUCCCCCCUCCUCCUCUCCCUCCUCCCUCUCCUCCCUGCUCUCUCAAGAUAAACUCUAAAAAAAAAGAAAAAGUGGGGACAUUAUAUCCUUUAUUGUAGAAAAUUAUUUUAAUCAUCUCUCUUGAAAUAUACCUCUUAUUAGAAUUCUCCCCUAAAACAUUUUGGAUAGAAUUUCACAAGUUAAACACGUGGGCCUAUGGUUGGUAGGCCCCUCUUCCUGAACACUAAUUUUUGAACAUACUGAUAGAUGAUUUAAAUAUUUGGUUAUUUUUCUUUUAGAGCCAAGACACAAAAGUUAGUGCAUUUUGAAAGGUGUUUUUGUUCCCAUCUUUGUUUGUUUGUUUGUUUGCCAUAUUUUGAUGAUCUGCUUUUUUAAAACUUCAAAUAUAAACUAUAUCUUUAAAUUACUGAAUAUUUCAUCCAUCCCCAUAUGUGAACAUUCUACUGUGAAUAAAUUUCUAUAGACCUUUAUAUAGAUUGAGCUUUGUAGCUUGAGAUGUUUUUAAGGAAAAACUAUUUGGAUGAUAAAGAAUGUCUGUUCUUUUUUGGAUUUUUUUUUUUUUUUUAAUUUCUUGUCUCAAAUACACAAUUAUUUGGGGGUGGUCACUCAUGGAAAAAUACUGGCAUUUGUGCUGAACAUUUUAUUUUACCAUAUAUAGGUUUGUAGAAUUUUUGCCAACAACUGGCUUUCUUAGAGGCUGUGCAAACACCCCUUCCCAGCUAGAUAUCCACUUUUUUUUUUUAUAGUAUUUUUUAUGCAGGGGAAGGAGGCAGCUCCCAGUCAUAAAAGCUGGAUUCUUUAAUACGGGGGCUUGGCGGGGGUGGGGGAGGCAUUUCACGAAAACUUAAGUCCAUGUACAAAUUGCAAUGAAUAUUCCACAAGAAGGAUGUCUCUUUGUGCUCUUAACUCAUUUUUAAAUUUUGCAGCAAAACGUUUACUGGAAAUGUCUAAACCAGUGAGAAAAAGUUGAUGCAAAUCAUUAAGCCAUUCCUUAUGUUUUCUAAUUUUUUUUAAUGUUUUAUUUAUUUCUGAGAGAGAGAGAGAGAGAGAGAGAGAGAAAGACAGAGCGUGAGUGGGGGAGGGACAGAGAGAGAGGGAGACAGAAUCUGAAGCAGGCUCCAGGCUCCGAGCUGUCAGUACAGAGCCUGAUUUGGGGCUCGAACUCCCAAACUGUGAGAUCAUGACCUGAGCUGAAGGCAGCUUCUUAACCGACUGAGCCAUCCAGGCACCCCAUGUUUUUUAAAUUUGGAAUUGUAUGUUGGCUUUUGGUUUCAGUGUCCUUUCUGACUGCUCUGGUGUGUAUUAAGUUCUUACUACAACUGCAGUGCAUAUCGACCUUCCCUAAGAAACCGUUUCCUGGGAGGUGAGGUCGUCUGCCAUCAGCCAGCCCCAGGCAGGAAGUGUGGUGUGUGUGUGCAUUUCUGUUUCGUGCAUUAGUUAGGCUGGUUGUCACUAAAAUCAGCUUAGCUUUUGUAUUAGAUUAUUUCACCAACUGCUGCAGUCCAAAUGAUCAAAUCUUUGUACAAUAGAAAAUUAUUUAAAUUUUAUUUUUCUACUGACAUUUCUAAUUCUGGUAUAAAUGUUUAUCAAUAAAGAAUUUCAAUUCUG